AAUGCAACAAAGCUCCACUCCUUCAAGCUUGCUAACGGCUCUAGAUGACCAUAACACAGAUGGACCAGAUCUUGCUGACCCUAUCUGCAAAAAUGUUUGUUGCUCGCAGCCUCAGCUACUGCAUCAGAACAAGACAUAUCCGAUAGCUCACUCACUCUCAGCAAGCAAGCACAGUUGACUGAUCAUUACUGCUGCAGUCAAGUCAGCACCAGCCACUGCUGCUGCUAAUG